CAGUUCACCUAGUUAUUUCACACACCAAACCAGUUUCUGUAAACCAUGGAACUGGACGAUUUACAAACGCGAUUAAUCGAACAAGUAGCCAAAGAAAACGGCUUCGACGAGUACGAAAUCGACCUGCAAGCGGCCGUGCAGAAGGGCGACAACUUCAUGGGCAAACUCCUGCGAUUGAAAAUCAAAAACGCCUCCAAAACCCUGCCGAUGAUCCUAAAAAUCGCCUCCACCAACGCACUCCAGCGGAAGAUGCAACAAGCGCGGACCGCCUUCCUGCGCGAGAUCUACCUCUACGACACCGUCUUCGAGGAGUUCAGGGCGUUCGAAGACCAGCACCGGAUCUCCCAACCGUUCCGAUCCCACCCCAAGUUCUUCGCCGAAUGCACCGACGAGCUCUCCGAGAUGCUCGUACUCGAAGACAUGAAGGAGAAGCACUUCCGGAUGUGCGACAAAAAACUCACCAUGAACUCCGAACAUAUAGUGGCGGUGCUCGAGGAGUACGCCAAAUUCCACGCCACUUCGCUGGCGAUGCGGGCGAAAAACCGGGCGAAAUUCGACCACUUAACCGCCCAUCUAACGGACGUCUUCGCCGAAAACAUGAACCAAACCGGCCCCGAGAUGACCCAUUUCGUUAAGCUGCUGUUCGAGCAAUUGAUCAAAUCCGUCGAAGGCCACGCCGAGGCAAUCGAGAUGCUGGAAAAAUUCGAAAAACACGCCCUCGACGGAGGCGCCUUCAAAGAACAAUUUCCCGAAGGAAAUAUUGUAGUAACCCACGGCGAUUGCUGGUGCAAUAAUUUAUUGUUCAAGUACGAGAACGACGAAGCGAAAACACCAUCAAACGUUUGCAUAAUCGACUGGCAGUUGUCCAAACUAGGAAGUCCUGGAGUCGAUUUGAAUUACUUCCUGCUCGCCAACGCGCCCCCCGAAGUGCUCGACGACUACGAGACAUAUUUGCGAAUCUACUACGACGUGCUGGAGCGCAAACUGGCCGAAUUCGGCUGCGAUCCCCAGGAGGUGUUCACCUUCGAUGAGCUGCUGGACCACUUCCAUCGAUUGGGGCCGAAGAUGCUCUUCAUGUGCACGAUGGUGAUGCGGAUCGCGCUGAGCGAGCCCGACGAGGCGCCCGACUUCGCCAACGAUUUCGAGGACGAGAAGGAUUUCGCGAAGAUGAUCGAUAAGGACAUCAACAGCAUGGACGAGUUCUACAGGCGGUUGGGUUGCAUCGUUAGAUUCGUCGCUGGGAAUAACUCUAAGAUUGUUUGAUG